ACACGAUCAUGCCGCCUCCUCCACCACCACCUCCUCCUCCUCCUCCUGGGAUGGGUGGCCCUCCACCACCUCCUCCUCCACCGCCCGGAAACUUACCAUCACGACCUCAAGGAGGAUCAGGGAAUAGGGGAGCUCUACUAUCGGAUAUUCACAAAGGCAAAGCACUCAAGAAAGCAGUCACGAACGAUCGAUCAGCUCCAAUUAUUGCACCAACCUCCGGAGGCUCAUCUGCAGCACCCGUAUCAGGCGCUCCCCCAGUACCAGGAAUGCUAAAACCACCCGGAGGCGGAAAUAGAGCAAGGAGCAAUAGCGAUCAGAGUAGCAGAGACUCUGGAAGUGUCACAGGCAUGGAACAACCACCACAACUUGCCGGACUAUUCGCCGGAGGCAUGCCGAAACUAAAGAAGCGUGGAGGUGGUGUUGAUACAGGAGCAAACCGCGAAUCAUCGUAUACUUCGGAUCCAGAAGAGUCGCGGAGUUCUGCACCAAAACCACCAACUAUAGGAGCACCUAGGCCGCCUCCAAAUGCUGCACCUCCUAUACCAGGAACUCAGAAUGGAAACGCGCCACGAUUUGCACCAUCAAUAGCGAAUCUUAGGAAGACUGGUGGACCCAACGUCCCAAGACCGUUCUCUUCUGCUUCUAUGAAAGGUCCCCCACCUCCAAUUGGGAAGAAGCCACCUGCUCCUCCACCUUCGUUUCGAAAACCAUCAGCCCCUGCUCCCCAGGCUCCCCCCCCCCCCCCAUCUUCUGCCCCUCCCCCGCCAUCUUCAGCCCCGCCAUCUUCAGCCCCGCCAUCUUCAGCCCCGCCUCCUCCAGCGGCACCUCCCCCACCGCCCUCAGCAGCUCCAAGGCCUCCAUUUGGUGGUCCAUCAAGAUCACAACCACCUCCUCCCCCACCAACAUCACCACCAUCAACGAACGGUGCAAGCCAAAGUCUUGCUAUGCAAGCUGCAAUCAGGGCAGCUGCUCAGGCGUCUCCCUCAGGUGCUCCACCCCCACCACCUCCUCCGCCAAGUGCUCCCCCUCCAUCAUCACAUCGUGCUCCGUCUCCGCCUUCAUCUGCGCCUUUACCACCGAUAUCUCGCCCUCCACCAGUUCAAGCACCCUUGCGAUCCAUGCUUGAUCCAAGUUCGUACACUUUAUCUUCAAAUGGAACAUUACCCAAAAGUCCUAGUCCGAACAGGGGUCCAGAAGCCUCGAGACGAGUCGAGAUCAACGAUACUAGAUGGAGAUUUCAAGAUGAAUCGCAGUUGCCAAAGCCUAGAGAUUUUCACGGUGGGCAGAAGAGGUAUAGGGCUGGACGUGGAAGCAGUGUGCCUCUAGAUCUGAGUGCCUUCCAAUGAGUGAGGCGAAGGAUGGAACGACAAAUUGACGAACGUUGAACUUAUUUGAGAUUGCAUGUCAAGAUGGGACAUUACUGAGAACAUGCGGGCCAGUAGCUCAAUGUUGAUGAGAUACAGGAGCGAGAUGGGAAUUGCCAAGGGGGACGGGCACGAGAAGACGGUUGUACUUCGGUGCAUAUGGGAAUAGUGGAUGAGGUUGCCGAUGACUAGUUUGCUGUUCAAGGUCGUCUCAGUCUUCAAAUAUGCUUUCCUUCACUGGAUUGCGGUUUAGCCAAAUGCUAAGUAGAGAGUCGACAAGUCGAGGCAAAGCCAUAGACAUGAGCAAUGCAUAACGAGUAUUAUUCCAGUCUACUAACAAAUCCGCUGUGUCUGACAUUUCCGUGUCAAAAAGUGACCUCUUUUCUCAGAGCAAGUGCGAGAAAGCUCUGCUCCCUAGCUAGUUACUCUCACUGUCUCCUGUAAUGAUACACUCGUUAAUGGG